GUGCAUUGCCCAGUCUCUGAAGAUCCCCAGGGAGCCCAAGCCGGGGGAGUUUGACAAGCUCAUUCUGCGAUUGCUUGAGACCUCCAACGCCCGAGCCGUCAUCAUGUUUGCCAAUGAGGACGACAUUAGGCGUAUCCUGGACGCGGCUAAACGCAACAACCAGACUGGUCACUUCCUUUGGGUUGGCUCAGACAGCUGGGGGUCCAAGAUCUCCCCUGUGGUCCAGCAGGAGAAAGUGGCAGAGGGGGCCAUCACCAUCCUCCCCAAGAGAGCCUCCGUGGACGCCUUCGACCGUUACUUCCGGAGUCGCUCCCUCUCCAACAACAGGAGGAACGUGUGGUUCGCGGAAUUCUGGGAAGAAAACUUUGCGUGCAAGUUAGGGAUGCAUGGCAAGCGACCUGGGAGCCCCAAGAAAUGCACAGGACUGGAGAAGGUGGGUCGUGACUCAACCUAUGAACAGGAGGGGAAGGUACAGUUUGUGAUGGACGCGGUUUAUGCCAUGGCCCACGCCCUACACCGCAUGCACCGUGAGCUCUGCUCAGGGAACACAGGCCUGUGCCCACGCAUGCACAACAUUGAUGGCAAGGAACUACUGACCUUCAUCCGGGCAGUACACUUCAAUGGAAGUGCUGGGACUCCUGUCACAUUUAAUGAGAAUGGCGAUGCUCCAGGACGCUACGAUAUCUUUCAGUACCAGAUCAACAAGAGGUCAACAGCAGAGUACAAGGUCAUCGGCCACUGGACCGACCAGCUACACCUAAAUAUGAAUGCCAUGCAGUGGACCAGUGGAGACCCCUCUGUGCCCGCAUCUGUGUGCAGCCUGCCCUGCAAGAUGGGUGAGAGAAAGAAGGUGGUGAAGGGAGUACCAUGUUGCUGGCACUGCGAGCGCUGUGAGGGCUACCACUUCCAGGCCAGUGAGUUAAUUUGCGAGCUGUGCCCAUAUGAGCAACGACCCGACCAGAACCACACUGGGUGCCAACCUAUCCCCAUCAUCAAGCUGGAGUGGCACUCACCCUGGGCAGUGGUGCCAGUCUUCAUCUCUGUCCUGGGCAUUCUGGUUACCACCUUCGUCAUCGUCACCUUUGUGCGCUACCACGACACACCCAUUGUCCGAGCCUCGGGCCGGGAGAUGAGCUAUGUUUUGCUCACGGGUAUCUUUCUGUGCUAUGCUAUCACCUUCCCUAUGAUCGCAGCCCCUGACGUUGCCGUUUGCUCCAUCAGGCGCAUCUUCCUGGGCCUGGGUAUGUGCUUCAGCUACGCUGCUUUACUUACCAAAACAAACCGCAUCCACCGCAUCUUCGAGCAGGGCAAGAAGGCUGUGACUGCACCGCGGUUCAUCUCCCCGGCCUCCCAGCUGGUCAUUACCUUCAGCCUGAUCUCAGUUCAGUUACUGGGUGUUUUUGUGUGGUUUGCCACCGACCCGCCACACAUGGUGGUGGACUAUGGCGAGCAGCGCACGCAGGACCCUGAGAACGCCCGUGGGGUGCUCAAGUGUGACAUCUCGGACCUCUCACUCAUCUGCUCGCUUGGAUACAGUAUUCUCUUGAUGGUCACAUGCACUGUUUAUGCCAUCAAGACCAGGGGAGUGCCAGAGACCUUCAACGAGGCUAAGCCUAUUGGAUUUACUAUGUAUACAACCUGUAUAAUUUGGUUAGCUUUUAUACCUAUCUUCUUUGGGACGGCACAGUCAGCAGAAAGGAUGUACAUCCAGACAGCCACGCUGACCAUCUCCCUCAGCCUGAGCGCCUCCGUCUCUCUGGGGAUGCUCUACAUGCCCAAGGUCUACAUAAUCAUCUUCCACCCGGAGCAGAAUGUUCCCAAGCGCAAGCGCACCUUCAAGGCUAUCGUCACCGUCGCCACCAUGACCAGCAAGCUGUCCCAGCUGGCCUCCGAGCGACCCAACGGAGAGGUGAAGACAGAAAUCUGCGAGGGCAUGGAUGCCAGUAUGCCAUCAACCAAAACAAAGUAUGUCAGCUACACCAAUCAUGCCAUCUGAAGAGAGAAGCACUGAAUAGAGAAUUACUGAGGAAUUCCACAUGCAGACUUGGAUGUGUCAGAUUCACACAUGACAGGGUGUUACAACAAGCAUGAGACAUUGAUAUUGCUCAGAGUCCAAAUAACGACUGAGAGCAUGGCAGUCAACAUAAAUAUGUCUGCUCUUUCAUGUUCACAGAGAGAGCUAAUGGGCCUGCUGGAAGCAGACAAAACACUAAACAAACCAUUCAAGAGACUUGACAAAAUGAGGGUGGUGAACAGAAGAGGAAAACAAAAGAGAAUUUAAAUAGAAAUUGUUGCGAUCAACCAUGUUAGUUAGUUUGUUAUUCUAAUUUUAUGUAUUUUUGUGGUUGUGAAAAUUUCUCAUUCGUGUCUUAUGUCGUCUGAACUACAUUACGAGAUGAGUUUGUCUCUGUAUCAGCUAACUGAAUUGUAGCCUUGAGUUGUGAAAUCUGUAAAUGCCAUGGUUUAAGCAUGCACAUUUUUAUACAAAUACUUUAUUUAUAAUAAAGGAAUGUUUUGGAAAUGUU